AUGUCGACCGCUGUCGCCCCAGCAGCAAUUGCUGCGCUCCCACCCCUUGACCACAAUCCGAGCCCCAGAACAUAUCCGCCAUUGGCUCCUUCGAGUAUUUCGCAUCCAAAGGACAGGAAUGUAGAUAUCGCCAUGGUCUCGGAAAUGAACGGUGGCAUGAAUACUAAUGAGAGGACACCUUCGGACGGGAAAAGGUCCCCCAGGUCCAGUAGGAGCACCGGAAACCCAAAGAUCAUAGUGAAGAAAGAGCCACCGACCUCUCCUUCGCUACAGGCGAGCACUCGUCAUCGGCCAAAGAAGUUGGACUUGAACACAAACACCGCAAUCUCGACCGGUUUGAAUUCAAGGCCUUCCGCAACUCCACUGACUGCGAGGGACGGCUUGGUGAUGCAUGAUGUCGGGUUGGCCUGUUUGUCGCCCGGAUUCCAGACCCAAGAUCCCGCCAUGCGAGAACAGCUCGAACGGAGCAUUUCUGUGAGGGAUCAACAACGAUCAAUUAUCCAGGCAAGACUUCUUAAAUCCGCCCGCGGCGAUGCGCCAGAGUCUGGAAAGAACGGUGAAGCGGCUGGCCCAACUUCCAGCAAGAGCACCGUGGCCGGUUCGAAGAAGAGACCCCCACCAGGUUUAUCGAUUGUUCCUCCGCCCGCAGAGCGAUUUGCCAAUGAACGCGUGAUACAGUCCGCACCAUUAAACCAGACUUUCACCGGGCGGCACGACCCUCCUCCCGCAUCGAGGCAGGUCAGCAAUCAAACACACAAUCUGGCACAAAACUCACAUAUUCAACACGUACCUGCCAUACAGACCACCAACCGGCUGCCCCCUAUUGCUGAUGUCUUUGGGGGUAGUGAGCUCCUCCCGGGCCCUGGUCGACCAUCUUUUCUCCACGCAAGCUCAACUUCGUCUCAAAGUCUCGGUCCUCCUCUGCCAUCACCAGGAUUCCCUCCGCAAACAGCCCACCCGACCUCCCAGCCCCAGUCCCACAGUUUCGAUCGACCUAGGGAGUAUCGGUCGGCGGAAGAAGCCGUGCACGAAAUGACCGGAGGACGAGAGGACCUCUUGCCGAAAAUUGUUCACUAUGGUGGUCACCAACCCCCAACGCCCCCUUCACCUCGCGCUGGACAGAAGGACAGUCUCACUCCACACAAAUAUCAACCCAGUAUGCAAUCCACAAGCAGGAGGAGAAGCCGUAACGAGUACGAGGACGGUAGCAGUCCACCGCUCGGCCCUGGUCCCGAUCGAAUUCGUUAUAAUGGACCCUUUGGGGAGGGACGGGACAGCCCAGCCACACAGAGAGCAAAGAAGGAGGAAUUCUUGAGCCUGUGCUCGAGAGCUUGGGAUCUGUUCCACUCCUGA